GUGCGAGGUGCCGGUAAGUGCUUUUCCUCGGAAUUUGCCGAGGAAGGUACCACAAACUAGGACCCCGGAACAGGGUAGUCUACCAAGUCUGGCUCACUGUUCAGAACAGCAAAUAGCGUCAACGAACUGGACCUUCAGCUUCAGUCUUAACGAUCUAGUCAGAAACAUCGUUAAACAUGUCGUUCGGGGGAGGGUAUGCUUUAAUUUAUGUUUUCAAACCUACGGCUCAAGUCAUCUAGUACCAAUAUCUUUGGCACUAGUAACACCGGCACGUCCAUCUUCGGGCAAUCUAACGCGUCAAAGCCCACAACUUCGCUCUUUGGGAACACCCAGCCCUCCUCCGGAACGGGGACCACAACUACGGGCUUCGGUGGCUUCGGGAUGCAACCCCAAAUACAGACGCAGCAACCUGCUCAAGGAAGUUCUGUGUUUGGAGGAGGCACUUUCGGGCAGACACAGCAGCAGCAACCGUCUGGAUCGACUUCGAUAUUUGGGCAGCCCGCGCAACAGCAGCAGCAACAACAACAACAACCUACAACGUCUCUCUUUGGGCAGCCUGCUCAACAGCAGCCGUUGGGUACAUCUUUGUUUGUAAACCCUUCAACAACAAAUACGACUGGCGGCGCAUUUGGAAGCAUUCAGCCACAACAGUCUACUAGUCUCUUUGGAACUACGCAACCACAGCAACAGACAAGUAAUAUGUUCGGAAACACCCAGCCACAGCAGCCGGGUGGACUGUUUGGGAGCACGACUACUCAGCAGGCAGCUCCUGCUGGCGGGCUGGGGGUGAGUACAGCAGGGACAUCGAUCUUCGGCCAACAAAGACAAUCAUCGAUGAUGAGUACCACACCCAUAAGCGGACCUGCACCUUUUUCAAAAUCCACGAAGUUCAAUGAUCUUCCGGAUGAUAUCAAGAAGACGUUCGAAGCCAUUGACUCGCACAUUCAGGGACGUAUACAGAUAAGCAACGAGCUCAAACAGCGAAAAAUGGGGGAAGAGGCGAUCAAGGGCCAGGAGUUAAUUCGCGAACUGCACAAAGAGCUGCUUGGUGUAUCCUCCGUUAUUCAAUCGGACUCUCUUUUCGCCAAGGACCUGAAAUCGAAGACUGAACAAGCGGUCCAAGACACGAUUGUUGCAACCAAUAUUAUCGAAGGCUUUAAGAACCCCCAUCAGAGCGCAGCAUAUCUCAAGAAUCAUGCUUCGUUCCCUCUGGAAUUCUUCACCCGAGUCACGCAAGAGAUGCAGGAGCGUCUGCAGUGGUUCAAGAACACUAUCGAACAAAUUGAGCGGAAACUAUCCGCAUCAGCAUCCCAAUCUCAAAAUACACCCCAAGCAAUUUCAUCCACCCUCCAGACGCAACACGCCAUAUUCGUUUCGCUUGCGGCCAGGACUGCGGCUGUUGACGCCGAGGUUCAAAAGGUGAAGACAUUGUACACACAACUGUGGCGCGCGAAAACGGGGAGUAUGCGCGACCCUUUUAAUGAACUUGACCACGGCAGUGGAGGAGAGUUUGGGAUGGAGUCGUUACAGGUCAAGUGAGGUAACUCUGCAAAUUCCUUGAUCGAUGUGAUACCAACUCGGAGAAAUAUAUUCUUGUAUAAAUGUUGCAUAUCCGAUUCCUUCUGUGAACUAUGAAUAUGUCCCACUCAUAU